AUGGUGAACCAGCUGAAGAUCGCAGACGUUCGUAGUGAGAGUACCAGUAACAUCAUACAGGAUGAAGAGAAGCCAGGCCUGGGGGUGUGUGGCUGGAUGUUGUUUAUCGUUUCUGUGUUUUUCACAUUGGUAACUUUGCCUGUCUCCAUAUUCAUGAGCAUAAAGAUUGUUAAGGAGUAUGAGCGAGCCGUUAUUUUCAGACUGGGUCGUAUUAUGGAUAGAAAACCUAAAGGACCAGGUAUUUUCAUUGUGUUACCCUGUACAGACACAUUCAUUAAAGUGGACAUGCGAACCAUCUCCUUUGAUAUUCCACCACAAGAGAUUCUGACCAAAGACUCAGUCACUGUAUCUGUGGAUGGGGUAGUGUACUACCGCGUCAGCUGCCCCAUUUCUUCGGUGGCCAAUGUUUCGAAUGCCAGCAUUUCUACCCGGUUGUUGGCGCAAACCACACUAAGGAACGUCCUGGGGACCAAGAACCUUUCGGAGCUUCUGUCCGACCGACAAGGCAUCUCACAAAGCAUGCAGGAAUCUCUUGAUGAAGCCACAGAUGCAUGGGGCAUAAAGGUAGAGCGUGUGGAGAUUAAGGACGUGAAGCUUCCCCAUCAGUUGCAGAGGGCUAUGGCUGCUGAGGCAGAGGCCACACGGGAGGCCAGAGCUAAGGUGAUUGCCGCUGAGGGGGAGAUGAAUGCCUCUCGGGCGCUAAAGGAGGCAUCACUCGUCAUCGCUGAGUCUCCAUCUGGUCUUCAGCUGCGCUACCUGCAGACCCUCACCACCAUUGCAGCUGAGAAGAACUCCACCAUUAUCUUUCCUCUACCCAUUGAUAUGAUGCAGCAGUUCAUGCGUAAGCACUGA